CGCGGAACAUUCACAUUCACAUUCACAUUCACAUUCACAAGCUCGUCAUUCCCGCCCAAAGGGCUUCACUCCAACCCCCCUAUUUCACCUGCGCAACAAAAACCCCGAAGACGCCUAAGCUCGAGCUCUGCAACAAUGGCGAUAAUCAGUGAUUACGUUUCAAGUCCUAAAACCUUAAAAGUUGAAGAGCAAAUUGAAGGCGAAAGUAUCGAAACAAAUGAUUAUUUCUUCUGCAAAGUCGGCGAUUCUAUUCCUCUUAUGUCGGACGGCUCGGCUUUCGAUGCAAAUAAUCCUCCUGCAAUACCCUUGGCGAUUUCUCAACGUUCUGGUCUAAUAUUUGCUGCUCAUUCUUCCGGAUUUUGUGUUGCGAAGACGACGGAUGUUAUUGCGGCGGCCAAGGAAAUUAAAGAGAAAGGAAGUGGUCCUUCUGUUCAGGAGUUGAGUGUUGUAGAUGUUCCAAUUGGUAGGGUUUCUAUUUUGGCCUUGUCUAUAGAUUGUUCGUUCAUUUCCGCGGUUGUUGGAGGAGAAAUUCAAUGUUUUUCGGUGGAUUCGCUCCUCAAGAAGGACAAAAAACCUACAUUUUUUUGUUCAGUUGAAUCAAAUCAUGUGAAGGACAUGCUUUGGUUGAAAGAGACGGAGCCUUCUUUUAUCAUCCUCACAUCUAGCGGGAAACUUUUUGUUGGAGCUAUAAACAAGAACCUAAAACAUGUGAUGGAUGAGGUUGAUGCUGUUGGAAGGAGUGUAGAUGGAAAUUUUGUUGCUGUUGGGAUAAAAAACAAUCUGAGCAUUUUUUCUUCAAAAUUAGUGGAGAUUUCACAAGUUAUGGUUCCUUUGGAUACAUGGAAUGGCGACAGUGACACUAUCAAAGUUGAUAGCAUCAGGUGGGUUCGCACAGAUAGUAUUGUGGUAGGAUGCUUUCAGCAAACGGAAGAUGGCAAGGAGGAAAAUUACUUCCUGCAAGUAAUCACGAGUAAAGAUGGCAAAAUCAUUGAUGAUUCUCCAAAGCUCACUUCAGUGGAUUUUAAUGAUCUUUUUACUGGCAUCGUUGAUGAUAUUGUGCCGUGUGGCUGUGGGCCAUAUCUAUUGGUGCAUUAUUUGGAAAACUGUGAUCUUGCUUUUGUUUCUAAUAGGAAGAAUACUGAUCAACAUAUCAUGUUGUUUGAUUGGUCGCAAGGUGACAAUCAAGUAUCUGUGGUUGACAUUGAGAGAGAUAGUUGGCUUCCAAGAAUUGAACUUCUAGAAAAUGGGGAUGACAACUUGGUGCUUGGGCUUUGUGUUGACGAGUCUUCAGUAUAUGAAAAUGUGAAAGUGAAGAUCGGAGUUGAAGAAGAGAGUGAACUUCCAACGAAUUGUCUUCUUGUAUGUUUGACGCUUGAAGGGAAGGUUGUUAUGUUCAACGUUGCCAGUAUUGCUGGGCCUCAGCACUCAAGUGGGGAUUUAUCUGCUGCUUCUUCUAAUGCACAAAGCAUGUCUGUUGUUGGACCUUCAAAUGUUAACGAAGCUCCUUUGCGAUUGGAGGAGGAAAGAUUCAAACAGUCUACUUUUGAUUUGGGAUUACGUGAACCAGAUGCAAAGAAAAUUAGUUCUGCACCUUUUGAAGUUCCUGUAAGAAAGGAUCAAAAGCCAUCUGAGCAAAACAAAUACACUCUUAGUAUUCCUAAUUUUGAUCAAAACGCCAGAAAGGAACUACUUGCUGGAAACAAAAAUCAGAAAGCUGUGGCAGAAGUUAAUGACUCUAAACUUUUGGGACAACUAGGACGAUCUCAAGAAGGAACCUCAAACCAGUCGUCGUUCAAGAAUUUGCAGGACUUGAGUUCUGCUGCAGGCGAUGCUGUUGCAACUGAAAAAUGGAAGAUUGUGCCUGGUUUAUCAUUGACUGUAGACCAAAAAUUGACCAGUACUCUCCGGGGUGUAGAAGAAAAGAUUGGAUCUGGUGAGUUGAACAGUAUCCCUACUCCCACAACUUCAGGAAGUUCUUUGGGAAGUUCAGUGACUGUUGACCAAAAACUGACCAGUACUCUCCGGGGUGUAGAAGAAAAGAUUGGAUCUGGUGAGUCGAACAGUAUCCCUACUCCCACAACUUUAAGAACUUCUUUGGGAAAUUCAGGUGCAUCUAAUGCGAAAUCUGUAUUUUCGUCACAAAAUUUUGCCAAAAGUACAUUAUCUGGGAAUCCUCUUACAUCCACAGAUAAAGCAAAUAGUUCUGGAAGCUUGUUCAGAAACUUUGGUUCUCAUACUUCAGAUUCAUUUAAUUCUUCAACAGGAAAUGAUGUGAACCACAGUCAAAAAUUAAUAACUAGCAGUGGCUUUUCUGGAGUACCACUUAGUAUUCCUUGCUUAAAAACGCCACUACAAGAAAGUGGUAAAUUACAUAAUUUUUCUGGUCAAAGUGUACGCCCAAUGCCGGGGAAUGACAAGAAGUCUUCUCCUCUGGUGCAGUUGAACUCCGAGCAGAAUUUACCCAAGCAAUUUUCCAAUGUACAAAAUAUGGCAAAGGAGUUGGACAAACUUCUCGAAUCUAUAGAAGAAGAGGGAGGUUUCAAGGAUAUUUGCACAGCUGCUCAUAGAAAUUCUUUAGAAGUCUUAGAGGACGGCAUGAAUAGACUAUCUGAAAGAAACAGAAUGUGGCAGAAUUGUACGGAAGAACGACUUACAGAGAUUCAACUUCUACUGGAUAAGACUGUACAAGUUUUGGCAAGGAAAACACACAUGGAAGGCAUUGUUAGGCAAACUACUGAUGGACAAUAUUGGGACUUGUGGAAUCGUCAAAAGUUAAAUUCAGAACUUGAUCAGAAGCGACUUAACGUAUUAAAUCGGAGUCAGGAUCUGAUCAACCGAAUGAUUGAACUAGAAAAGCAUUUCAACACUCUUGAGCUGAAUCUAUUUGGUGAAAGUAGUGGAGCAAACUUCGUUUCUCGAGCUCUCAAUUCUAGAUCUGCGUCAUCAAGGCAAAACCAGUCAUUGCAUGCUAUUCAUAAUUCAACAAUUUCACAGCUAGCUGCUGCUAAGCAACUUUCUGACUCUCUAUCCAAACAAAUGGAUGUACUGAGCAUCAAAUCGCCUCCAACAAAACGAGCUACUGUGAAAAGGCAAGUGUUUGAGUCUAUCGGGAUACCUUACCUUGAUGACUCUCUUCGUUCUCCAAGUACAGUAAAGGUGAUGAAUUCCCCAUCGAACAGGCAUCCAUUGGUCUCGUGUUCAGGUGAAACUCGUAAUGAUUCCAGAAGGAUACAAUCAAGUGGUGUGAGCAGUCAUGAGCCUGAAACUGCAAGGAGAAGGAGAGAUUCACUAGAUAGGAAUUGGGCGAACUUUGAGGCUCCUAAAACAACAGUCAAAAGGACUGUGGUACAGAAUGAGCGUCAGAAGGUUGGCAGUUUGUUCUCUUCAACAGAAAAACAAUUCAUUAGUCCUGACAAACUGGGAGGGUCAAUAGCCAAUUAUUCUAAUAUUCUUGCUGUACAGGAUAGAAACGGAUAUAGUGAUACACCACAAAAAAUCAACUCUGAAACGACUUUAUCCAAAUCCAAGUGGGCUGGAGGAAUCCCUGGACUAUCACAGGCUGAAACUGAGCACCUUCCUAGAUGGCAGUCUAUACAAAGAGACAGUUUUGCAGCUACCCCAAACAUAUAUUCAUCGCCAUCGUCACUAUUGUCACCAUUUGUUGUUGAUCCAAAUACAAAGAAAGGAAAUGUUCGUUCCACUGCUGAAAGACCAGGGUCUCAGAUAGGGAGCAUUGACAGGUCUGGUACUGCUUCAGCUGACACCAAGCCUUCUUUGUUCUUUGGUGAAGAAAAAUCAAACUUCCAGAACGUUCAGCCACAACUAUUUCCCUUCCCAAUAAAAGGUGGUGAGACAACGAUUUCUGGUGGCAAGGAGACAGAAUUAACAAAGCCUGUUGGUAGCCAAAGCUUUUUGGAUAUUUCGACUAGGAAGCAAGAUGUUGGAGCCUCACCUUCAUCGUUCUUUCCACCUGUCAACUCUUCCUCAUUACCUAAAUUGAGCAUGCAGACCUUACCAAUCAUAUCAGUAGACGGAGGAUCUACAACCAGUACCAAGAUGGCCAAAGAUGUCAAUAAGGAAGACAUACAAUUUUCAUCUUCAGUCUUUUCUGUAUCUUCCUCAGUUGCAGCAUCUUUGAGCUCUUCAACCUCCAGGGAUUCUAAGGAGGUGUUAUGUUUCCCGAUGCCAGCUAUUUCUGUUUCUGCCACACAAGCAGCACCUGUGAUUUCUCUGCCAACCCAAAGUACAGAGGUGGUAGAUUCUGUGAAUCUAGCCGAAGAGCCUUCAAAGACAGGGCCACAACUUGCUGCUAACAAAGAAAGCACAGGUAAUAAUCUGGCUUCUACUCCACAGUCUUCUGAGAAGUUAGCCCUUUCAUCCAGUGACAACCUGAAUUCUGUGAAUUUGAUGCCGCCUGCUCAUUCAGCUGAAAUCCCCAAAGUACUUGUUUCAAGCCCUGAUAUGAACAAAAUUUCAACACAUACUUCUGGUAUGGUAUCAAAUACUCCAGAAACGCAAUCUGCAGCAGUCACAUCAUCUUCUGAAAUUGGAGGUGCCACUAGUGGAAAGAGCAAUAUUGAUGCUACUGUAUGCCAGGAAGAUGAAAUGGAAGAAGUAGCACCCGAGACAAACCAAACUGCAGAGCUUUCUCUAGGAAGCCUUGCUGGAUUUGGCAUAGGUUCAGCACCAAUUGCUAUAACUCCAAAACAUAAUCCAUUUGGUGGUCCCAUUACUAGUGCACCGCAAACUAUGCCAAGUUCAAUCUCUCUAACUGUUCCUUCUGGAGAGUUGUUCCGUCCUGCAUCUUUUAGUUUUCAACCUCUGCAGGCUUCCCAACCCUCACAGUCCGCAAAUACCGGAGCUCCUUCUGGUGCAUUCGGUUUUAUGAAUCCUUCUCAGCAGAUUUCCACAGGAAGUGGGUUUGGUCAAUCAUCACAGAUUGGCUCGGGAGGUGGGUUUGGUCAAUCGUCACAGAUUGGCUCGGGAGGUGGGUUUGGUCAAUCGUCACAGAUUGGCUCAGGACAACAGGCUAUGGGCUCAGUUCUUGGUUCAUUUGGACAAUCAAGGCAACUUGGUGCUGGCUUACCUGGUAGUGGUUUUGGGGUUCCUCAAUCUCUUGGUGGUGGCUUUCAAAACGCGAAAGCUGGUGGAGGGUUUGCAGGCAUUGGUUCUGCAUCGAGUGGCUUUGGCGGCGGUUUUGCUGCUGCAGCUCCUACUGGAGGCGGUUUUGCUGCUGCGGCUCCUAGUGGAGGCGGGUUUGCUGCUGCGGCUCCUAGUGGAGGCGGGUUUGCUGCUGCAGCUACUAUUGGAGGCGGGUUUGCUGCUGCAGCUCCUAUUGGAGGCGGGUUUGCUGCUGCAGCUCCUAUUGGAGGAGGGUUUGCUGCUGCAGCACCUAGCGGAGGCGGGUUUGCAAAUGCAUCCCCAAACGGAGCUGGUGGAUUUAAUGCUUUCGGUAAACAGGGAACUAGCGGCUUUUCUGCCUUUGGUGGCAGUGCUGGAGGAAGACCUGCACCAUCAGAGCUAUUUACGCAAAUGAGAAAAUAGUUCAAUCCCGCUCUCUGGUUCUGUAGAGAAUUUGUUAUGAGCUCUUGAUAGAGUAGGCAAAUGCAAUUAGCCGUUGAUAUGAUUGCACUAGCAGUUGCAAAACCAUGUAACAAAUCUUUAGAAACCUUGUUUUUGUAAUGGCAAAAUGACUGUUGUUAAUAGUGUAUAAGUAUAUAAAGAUGAAUACACAAAUUCUUAUUUACAAGUGUUGUACAAUAAAUAUUUUACACCGGAGUAAAAGUUGACUCAAAA